AUCAGAAAGUGGGGAAAGUGGGGAAGGUGACACACCGUUCCAUCGUGCAGUUUGUAAAGGUGAUAAGAAGCUAGUGAUGGAAAUGCUUGAAGGAUACAAUAAAAAGAAAAAACGUGAAGUAUUAGAAACCCGCGCUUUGGACGUAAAUUUGCACAGACUGUUAUGCUCGGUGAACUACCGCUCUUCACCUCGGCCUUGUCCUUCAACAAAGAUAUAUUCGAUACGCUGCUGGACAACGAAGCUAAAUUGAAUGAAAUUAAUACCAAAGGCGACAAUAUAUGCCAUGCACUAAUACAGUACGCGGGCAUGUACCCAGAUAAAGAAACUGAUGUAAUUGAUAUGCUUGAUUAUGUCAACGAAAAAGAAAAUGCAACUAGCGAUAUCCCGCUGUGCAAAAUGAAAAAUAAAGAACAGUUCACUCCCCUCGAGCUUUCCAUUCGAUAUGGACUUGGCAAAUCAUUUCUAGCGAUAUACAACACAAAGUCUUACAAACACCAGAUCGAGUCUGGUCUUAUUGACAUCAAAAGGUACGACAUAACUGUCCUAGAUCCCGUUGUUCCUCUUCGCAAAGCCCAGGUCUGUAUUCAUGAAGGAAGAACGAUUGGCAAUGAAGAGGCUCAGCAAAACAAUGCCCAGACGAGAAGCGAAAAUAAUACCACCAAUAAACAAAAUACCACAGCAGACAAGGGAAAAGACAAAGUGGCUCCUCAGUCUCUCCUGUACCUACUGUUCGACAUCCCUCCUUCCAAGGCGCUGCCGUUUUUGUUGGCACCGAUGGUUAAGCGCUUAAUAAAGGUAAAAUGGGAACGUUACAAACGGUUUAUCUGGCUGUGGUGCUGUCUUCAUACCAUAUUUGUUUGUUUCUUGACAUGGUAUGCAAAAUCAAGGGCGGUCCAACAAAGCAACACUUCUACUGGUAUGUUUGAUGUAUCAGUUCCUCCUACGUACAUGAGGCGGGUAUUUGAGGACAAGAUGUUGACAGGUUUUGCAGUUUUUAGCCUCAUAUGGGGAAUUGUGUUUUUGGUUCCAGAAGUAGCUAGAUGGAUACAACUUGGUUGUCCUUGUUGCCGAAACACGUUCGAAUGGAACAAAAUUAUCCAUUUAAAUCCGUACAGUAACGUAUCACUUAGAUUGUUGCUCUCCCUGUUGUCUUUCAGUCUGAUUCUUGAUUUCUGGUUAACUCUAAUAAACCACUACGAGCCGACUUUUCAGUAUGAUAACUUCUGCUUGUAUGUAUCUGUGAUAAUUGGUUGGCUGUUUCUCAUCUUCCUAAUGAGAGCAUUCAAGUACUUCAGUUUUUUUGGAGUUAUUCUGCAUAAAGUUAUGUUGGGCGAUGUUAUCCGAUUUGUAGUCAUUUUCACAUUGAAUGUGUUUGGAUUCGGCACUGCGAUGUUUAUGGCCCUUCAAGGCUCCGGUGCUAUUGACGACGAAAACUACAGCACCUAUAUCCGCACGUUAUUAUCGAUGGUUAAACUCAUUGGUGGUUUAGGAGACGUUCCAAACUUUUAUGAAACUAGGUAUCCAGAAAUAUGCUUUGUUAUCUUUUUCGUCUAUGAAAUCAUGACAGUUGUUGUCAUAUUGAACGCCCUUAUAGCAUUGAUGAGUACAACUUGCACAGAACUAGUAGGAAAUGUUAGAAACGAACAUCCGCACGACCGUUAUUGGCAGCUUGAUCUUUUGGCACUAAUCCUCUAUCUUGAGGGCUUCCUUCCCGAACGUCUCAUCAGAAGGGUAGGAGAAGUAAAAACUGGUAGAAGAUAUCUGACUAUCAGAUCGUUGGUAAGCCGUUUUGAACAGGAAAUGGACAUAUAUAACAAAGAUAAAACGGAAGUCGAAGAUAGCGAUUCGGAAACGAAAGCCGAAGAUAGCGAUUCGGAAACGAAAGUCGAAGAUAAAGAUUCGGAAGAAAAUAAAGUUGAGAAUAAUACAAACGAAGCUACGAAAGAAGUUGAACCUGGCAAACCAGACGGAUACACAAACAGAGCCAAUACAGAUCGUCCUAAAAUAGAUGUUUAUCAUAUAAAGCGUUGUGAGCAUUGCCAUUGUGUGCCACGGAUGCAGUGUCCUUAUCAAAACGAACGUUUCAUAACUCCGCUUGAAUAG